UAGUGAAGAAACGUGAAUUCAAAUUGGAACGCCUCUUUGUGUCCAUCGGUAACAGGUAUAAUCAUGCGUCAGUACGGCCCUCAGUGGAAGGUUCUCCGACGAUUCAGCACGUCAACACUUCGUUCCUGCGGCAUGGGGACAGGUAUCAUGGAAGACAAGAUCACGCUCGAAUGUCAGCAUUUCUGCACUGCGCUGAAAGAGAAUGCAGACCGACCCUUCGACCUGACACAUCUUCUCCACAACGCUGUGGCCAACAUCAUCUGCUCCAUGGCAAUAGGGAAGAGGUUUGAGUCCGGUGACCCAACAUUCCUCCGACUGAUGGCGAUUGUGGAGCGGGCCAUGGUCCUCUUCAUCACCGCUCACGUCAUCAACAUCUACCCGGUACUCCGCUUCUUCCCGGUGGUGGGGAGGCCGUACGAAGAAUGGAUGGAUCUGACUGUUAAAUGCCAUGACUGUAUGACGGACGUUAUCGCUCAACAACAGAAGAGUCAAAAAGCGUCAGGUGAACCCAACAAUAUCAUCGACGCGUUCACAAAGAGCGUGGAACUCAACCCGGACUCCCUGCCCGAUCAGAGUUUGAUGUAUCUCCUGAUAGAUCUCUUCGCGGCGGGCACAGAGACGACCGCUAACACCUUACGCUGGGGUUUGCUGUACCUUAUGACGCAUCCCGACGUGCAAACGAAGGUUCAGGCCGAGCUGGAUGAAGUAGUGGGGCGGGACCGUCCUCCAGCCGUCAGCGACAAGCCCAACCUGCCCUACACGGAAGCCACCAUCAUGGAGAUGCAGCGCAUCCGCACGGUGGCGCCUCUGUCCGUGCCGCACUGCACGACCUCGGACACCGCCCUGCUCGGCUACGACAUCCCCGCGGGCACGGACGUGCUCAUCAACCUGUGGUCCCUUCACAUGGACCCCGGCUCCUGGGACAACCCCGACAAGUUCGACCCGAGCAGGUUCCUAGACGGUAACGGACAACUGCAGACAAACGAUUCAUUCAUGCCUUUCUCUACAGGUCGCCGAGUUUGUCUCGGUGAACAACUGGCGAAGAUGGAGUUAUUUCUGUUCCUCACCAACAUGCUACAGCAGUUCACCUUCACACUGCCAGAGGGCGCUCGACCCAACUUUGAUGGGAUCUUGGGAGCAACGCUUCGACCAGAGUCAUUCAAACUUAUUGCCGUUCGGCGUGUAUAGUAAACAUCCCCGUCAUGAGGUAGAAUGUAGUUCUACACAUCUCUCUUUAAGAGUUCAAGUGAAGAAAAUUGUCUGUACUGCGUUCCUCUUUGUUUAAGGUCCGUUCAAAUUACAGAACAUGUGAAUCAAGCACUUGAAGUACACAAUUUACUUACUAUGUGUAUUUUGUCGCUAAUAGUUGUUUCUUUUGGUAGUUGUUGGUAUACUGCCGAGCAAAUCCCUUCCGACGGCCGGAAAAGCGACAAGACCAACACCGUUCUUAACCAUAUCAAAAGAUUUGUGAUUUCAUUGUUGAACCGAAAUGUCAAAGUUCAUAACAAGGGUAGAUUUUGUUACCUCCAUGAAAAAUUGAGGUAUUUCAAUAUGGAUAACUAGAUAAAGGAACGACCAUCACAGAAUCUCGGCUAGUUACAGCCGCAGCCUUCUUUGCGCAACCAAAUUGACAACACUGAGCCGCUCUAUGGCGUAUGGUCGCAUACUUCGAAUUCGCUCACUUAGCAGUUUAUUUGGUGAAAAUAGGAAACGACCUUGCCUUAUGGUACCGUUAUACAUCUCAUACACCGAAGGAAAGCUGGCCGUUAAUGUUAUCAUCAUAUUGUCAUAUUAUCUUAUAUCAAACUGACACAGUUAUGACAAGCAUAUAUAACCCUUAAUCUUACACACCUUGAAGCAUUUGUCAAGUCAUAAGUCAAGUUGAUAGUAACAGGCCUUCUUGUAAAUCCAGAUCUUUGAAAAACAUUGAUUAGGAACAAAUCAUUUAGACUUAACUGAACUGAAGUAAAAAAUUAUCCAAUGGAAACUUUGCAAAAAGUUGUCAAUACACUGAAUACAGAGACCAGUCGUUGUG